AUGGCUUCACUUCCAAAGAUCCUGUCUCAGAAAUCUGAGGGCUACGAACAAACACGCCUGAAGUUCUUCAACGGCAGAGUUCCCGAUAUCCAUCCAACUGAGAUAGCCAUCCCAUCAACCACAGCCGAAGUUGUGGCCGCCGUCAAGCGGGCCCGAGAAAAUGGCUGGAAGGUCGGUGUCCGUUCAGGUGGCCACCUGUUCUUCUGCAAUGCGCUUCUGGAAGGCGGCCUUCUCAUCGACACGCGCAAUUUGAAUAAAGAUAUUGGAUACGAUGCCGCAACAAACAUCGCCACUGUCAGUCCCGGUCAUAGAGUCGAGGAUGUGACCACGUUCCUCGAAGCUCGCGGCCGAUUCUUCCCCUCUGGCCACUCACGAUCCGUCGCAGUUGGUGGUUUCCUACUUGCUGGUGGCCAGGGCUGCUUCAUGCGCGGCUGGGGAUACACAGCUCCUACCUGGGUCACCCAGCUAGAAGUCGUGACUUCUGAGGGCGAGACCGUUACCGCCAAUAAGACUCAGAAUUCGGACCUGUUCUGGGCGGCUCCAGGUAGUGGACAAGGUUUCUUUGGAGUAGUGACGAGGAUCUGGGUCAAGACGAUCCCGACAAGAAAACUCUUUGACAAGACCGUCAUCGUCGAUUCGACUGAUAUUUUCAAGCCCUUGCUAAAGUGGACGCUUGAGAUGUCCAGGAAGGUGCCCAAAUAUGGUGUCGACCUCUUUUACUGCACAUUCUUCGCCGACAAGGAUGAUCCCAAUGGAGGUCACGAAUCCGCCGCCAAGCGCAUCUUCUUUGCCAUUAACCUGACCAUCUUUGCCGACUCUUUGGAUGAGGCUGCGGUAUUGGCGAGUCCAUUAGAGACGUUCCCCGAGGACUUCAAAAAGUAUAUCGUUACAACGGUUCCACUGGUGGAGAGAACCUGGGACGAGCUCUGGGCCCUUCAGGAAAGCUUCCAGCCUCAGGGCAACGGCGAGAGGUGGAACGUGGAUAGCAUCCUAGUUGACCCCAAGGCUUCGGAUGACGAGCUUAUUGACGCCAUUACGCCGGCUCUGUACGACCUGCCCUCUCGUCUCUCGUCAGGCACCUUUUGUCCUAUGGACUAUUACCCCGAUGAGGCUGACCAGGCUCUGAGCCUACCCCAGAAGGCUUACGUGUCUACAAUGUGCUGCUGGAAGGAUCCUAAGCAUGACGCAGCAGUGGACAAGUGGCUGCUCGAUGCAUAUACCAAGGCCGACCAAGUGUCAUGUGGCGUGUAUGUAGCCGAUUUCAACGUGAAGCACAGAAAGCCAAGGGUCAUGACGGACUCUGCCUUGAAGAAGUGGCUUGAGAUCAGAAAUAAGUGGGAUCCUUCCGAGACGUUCACUGGCCAUCGGGGGUUCAGCAGUGUCUUGGAUGGCAAUAAAGGCCUGGAAAGCAGGCUAUAG